CUCACUUCAAGAUGAAUUGUUCUUAUAACAUUACUGUGCUGAGCUCUGUCCUCCCUCCAGUCCUGGGUGUGGCGUUCACUUUGGGAGCUGUGGGGAACGCCUUUGCUCUGUGGAUCUUCUGCUUCCACCUGAGGCCCUGGAGGAGCAGCACUGUCCUGCUCUUCAGCCUGGCUCUGGCCGAUGUUCUGCUCCUCGUGGCCUUACCGUUCCGAAUCAGUUACUACAGCUCCAACUUUGAGUGGAAAUUUGGAAACACUUUUUGCAGCAUCUGUUACUUACUUGCAAGUAUGAAUCGCACAGGAAGUACAUUGUUUCUAAUCGUGAUUGCGUUGGACAGAUACAUGCAUGUGGUUCAUCCUCAUAACCCCGUUAACUUUAUGAGUGUCUCCAAAUCUGUGUGUGGGGCUGUGAUUCUCUGGCUCCUGACAGUCAUGGUGAGCACCUUCUUCACUCUAUACAAAUCCAAAAAGAGCUACUGUGGAGACUUCAGAAGCCGGUGUGAGUGGAACACGGCCAUAUCUGGGCAUAGACUGGCAUAUCUGUUGGCCUUCUAUGUGCCUUUCCUGGUGAUUCUCUUCUCUACUACGAGUAUCGUCCAACACCUGCGGAGAAGACGGAUCGCCCAACACGCCCAAGUGAAAAAGGCAUUGUUGGUCCUGAUAUCAAUAAUCAUUCUCUUUGUCGUCUGCUUUCUCCCAAGUAACAUCACCCAGCUGGUGAUUUGGUCUAAGGUGAGAACCACAGCAAUGUGGGGCUGUGCAGAAAUGCAACAGAUCACAAUAAUCUAUACUUUGACUGCAAGCUUGACCUACCUGAACAGUGCUAUGGAUCCAGUUGUGUACUUCUUUUCCAGCACAGACUUCAGGAACAAAUGCAAGAGCAUGUUAGGUCUAAAGCCGUCCUUGGAUUCAACUGAACGGGGAGAGGAAUCUACACAGCCAGAGUUUAAAUCUGUGCAAACAUGUUCUGAAAUGUGAUUGUUGUAUUACUUAGUCAGUUCUUAUAUGUCAGUCUUUUUGACUAUUCUUCUGACCUUUGGACAGAAUCUUAUUUAAACUAAAGUGUAAAUCCAUUCAGCUUUAAGAGGCUUUUUAGUCUUUUGUCUUGCCUAAGAGAACGCACACAGGAGAGAGACCAUACAGCUGUUCAGUCUGUAAUAAAAGGUUUUACUCAAACUCAUCAGAAAAGAUGAGAAGAGAAGUCACAGAGAAGAGAAAUAAACAUUAAACAUUUUUAGGGUUUCGGGGUGGUCCUUGGCAUGGCAUCUGGUGGAGCAGUGGCCCUGUGAACGAGCUGCUGCUUUGUUUUUGUUUCUGUUUGUUUUGUUUUUAAGGACAAAGUUUAUCUUACAGUUGCUUUUGUCAAGUGCUCAAUUCAAGGUUACUGAUGUGAACGCCCUAUUGUCUACUCUUAAAUGUAUCCAACAAAAUACACAAAUAAAUUAUGGUAAUGAUAAAUUA